AUGGCUCACAACAUUUCUUCCUGCAGCCCUAUAUUGACACCCCAUUUAACCAGGCUCUACUUCCUAGUACUCAUUGGAGGGCUGGCAGGCAUCAUCUCCAUUCUGUUCCUGCUGGUGAACAUGAACACCCGAUCUGUAACUACCACAGCGGUUGUUAACCUGGUGGUGGUCCACAGUGUUUUUCUGUUGACAGUGCCUUUUCGCUUGACAUAUCUCAUCAAGCACACCUGGACAUUUGGGUUGCGCUUCUGCAAAUUUGUGAGUGCCAUGCUACACAUCCACAUGUACCUCACAUUCCUGUUCUACAUGGUGAUCCUGGUCAUUCGGUACCUCAUCUUCUUCAAGCGCAAGGACAAAGUAGAAUUUUAUAGGAAGUUCCAUGCUGUGGCUGCCAGUACUGGCAUGUGGCUGCUGGUGAUUGUGAUUGUGGUACCCGUGGUUGCUUCUCAGUAUGGAACUCACCAGGUGUACGACGAGCAACACUGUUUUAAAUUCCACAAAGAGCUUGAUCGUGUAUACGUGCGAGUCAUCAACUAUAUGAUAGUUACUACUGUCAUAGCCACUGCAAUGGUUCUCUUAGUCUUCCAGAUCUUCAUCAUUAUGUCAAUGGUGCGGAAGCUACGCCACUCCUUACUAUCCCACCAGGAGUUCUGGGCCCAGCUGAAAAACCUAUUUUUUAUAGGAGUUAUCCUUAUUUGCUUCCUUCCCUACCAUUUCUUUAGGAUCUAUUACUUGUACACGGUGGCACACUCACAUGACUGUAAUGACACUGUUGCAUUUUAUAAUGAAAUCUUCUUGAGUGUAACAGCAAUUAGCUGCUUUGAUUUGUUGCUCUUUGUUCUUGGAGGAAGCCGUUGUAAGCAAAAGAUAAUUGACCUAUGGAAUUGCCUCUUGUGCCAUUAG